GCUCAGGGAGCGCGCAGUGCCGCGUUCAGCGGUGCGCUGUGUCCCUCAGACACAGCGGGUCACCGAUCACGGAAAGAGCUCGGUCAUGUGAUCAGCUGUGUCCAAUCACAGCUGAUCACAUGGGACAUGUACACUGGUCAUCAGGGCACUGAUGAUCAGUGUGCCCUGAUGAUCAGUGUAGCCCCAGCAGUGCCACCUGUCAGUGUCCAUCAGUGUCUCGUGCCAGUGCUCAUCAGUCCCUCUUGCCAGUGCCCGUCAGUGCCACAUCAAUGCCACAUAUCAGUGCAUACCAGUGCACAUCAAUGCUGCAUAUCAGUGCCCAUCUGAGCUGCCUUUCAGUGUCACCCAUCAGUGUCUGUCAGUGCCACCUAUCCAUCCCAAUCAGUGCCACCUAUCAGUGCUGCCAAUCAGUGCCACCUAUCAGUGCCAGUCAGUGCCGCCUAGCAGUGCCGA